CGUUAGAAUAUUUUUCUGUACUGUCAAUAGCUGUCGUAUGUUGUUACAUUUUAAUGGCCUCGGAACUUGUUGCUCGCGAACGGAGCGGGCACACGGCUGUAGUGGAAGGGAACGUAUUAUACGUUUGGGGUGGAUAUGUGUCAGUUGCUGAUGACGAAGUUUUCCUACCAAAUAAUGAAAUUUGGCUGUAUGACCUGGUCAGUGGUAUAUGGGAACGCCACGACAUGACCGGAGAUAUUCCCCCGUCUAUGUCUGGCAGCUGUGGGUGCACACUAAAUGGAGACAUGUACAUAUUUGGUGGGUGCUGUGACGACGGACAGACCAACAAGUAUUAUUCAGUCAACCUCCGUGAUGGAAAUUACGCUUGGAGAGAGGUUAAACACGAGUCGGGGUGUAAACCCUCAUCUCGAGAUAAACUGUCCUGCUGGGUUUACAAUGGGAGUCUUAUUUACUUUGGUGGAUACGGCCACAAACUUUUUAGUGAGAUUAACGGUUCUGGAAGCUUCGUCAUCGAUGAGGCGUCAUGGAUUGAAGAUAUCUUUUGGGGAUGGAACAAUGAAGUCCACAUGUAUGAUCCCAGAGAAAAGAGUUGGAGUGAACCACAAACUUUUGGUAAAGCUCCCAUGCCAAGAGCUGCUCAUGGCAGUGCCACAGUAGGCAGCAAAGGUUAUGUUUGUGGAGGCAGGGUCCAGGAGACCAGGACGAGCGACAUCCACUGUUUGGACCUGGAAUCCUGGACAUGGACUGAAAUUUUACCCGCGACCCCAGCUCCCGUGGGUCGGUCGUGGCACACUCUCACUGCUGUGUCGGAUACGUCACUCUUUCUGUUUGGAGGCCUAAGUGUAGACUGUAAACCUAUGAGUGAUGCGUGGGUGUUUGAUAUUGAGACAAAAGAAUGGAGAGAGUUACAGCACCCAAACACGGACAAACCACGGUUGUGGCACACCGCGUGCCAGGGCAUGGAGUCCGACGUCAUCGUGUUCGGAGGAAGUCGCGAUUAUAUCCUCUUAGUGGAUACAGGCCAUUGUAAUGAUGCCCUCAUCUUUCAAACUCAGCCCUGUUCUCUAAUGAGGUUAUGUGAAGACUACCUCGCAAGAAAUGUAGCCAUGUUUCAGUUGACCUAUUUACCGACGAAAUUAAAACAAGCUGUUCAGAAAAGGUCGAUUUUUUUCAGAACAUCAAGAAAAGUAUGAAACAUGAAUUACACUUUUUUAUCUUAAACAAAUUUCUUAUCUAAUUUUGCUCUAAUGAGAAUAUUGCAAUAAUAUUCUUGAGUCACCUCGGAGAUAUAUGGUCUGUAAAUAGC